GCGCUGCUGACCGCAGGCCGGUGCCCCGAUCCGCUGCUCGGCCGUGAGCCGCUCGCAGACGCCGCGGUGCCGGAGAGCGCGCUCCUCAUGGAGCUCCUUCCCUCAGCGUGUCCUUCACCAUGCACUUGAGGAGCGCUCUAAGAUGUCCGUGUGUUGGCAGAUCAUCUUCUUCCUCCUCGCCUUCAGCGCGCACGACUUUGUCCAUGCUCAGGAUUCCUCAUGCUGUCACCAUGCUGCAGAGUUCUCGCCAUGUAGGGAAGCCUGCAAUCAGCUCCCGACCAUAAAAAGCGAAUCCCGACUGAAGCACCUCCUUCAGCGAUUACCUAGUUACUGCCCGGAGUCCAUGAGUGAACUUUGGAUCUGCAUCAAUUCCACAUUACCAGGGGCGUCCAGGAAGUCGGAUAGUUGGGUGGGCCUUGGGUGUUGCGAAUUGGCCAUCUCUGUGGACUGCCGGCGCGAAUGCAAGCUGGCAUCAUCCAAAAAUGACAUCACGAAAGUAUGCAAAAAAGACUCCGAGAAACCUCUGUACAGCUGCAUCUCCAAAAAUGAGAUGGGCUCUGGGUGCUGCAGCUAUGCAGGGAGGCACACUAACUGCAGGGAGUACUGCCAGGCCAUCUUCCGCACGGACUCAUCCCCCAGCGUCUCCCAGAUCAAAACCCUCAAGGAGUACUGCCAGAGCAUCAGCCCCCAGCUGAUAAGCUGUGUAGGAAACUACACCAAGUCCUACCCCAUCAAGAGCCCCGUUGACAGUCUGUUCUGCUGUGACCGGGCGGAGGACGCCCACUGUCAGAGCGCCUGCCGACGCAUCCUGCGCACGCUGACCACGGAGCAGGAGAUCAUUGACGCUCUGAUCUCGGAAUGCGACCGCCAGCCGCUGCCCCAGGACCCGCUGUGGCAGUGCUUCCUGGGGAGCGCGCAUUCGCCCCGUAUCAGUGACCCCGACCCCCCCUCCACCGGCAGGACAGACUGCGCCAAGCUGCAUUGCUGCUCCAAAGCCAAUACCUCACUGUGUCGGGAGAUGUGUCAGGAGAUCAGCACCAACUGGGGGAGCCAAACCUGGCAAGAGUUUGAUCAGCUGUGCGAGUACAAUCCCGUGGAGGCUGACCUGGUCACCUGUCUGGCGGAUGUCCGCGAGCCCUGUCAACUGGGCUGCAAGGACCUCACCUACUGCACCAACUUCAACAACAGGCCCACGGAGCUGUUCCGCAGCUGCAACACGCAGUCCGACCAGGGGGCGAUGAACGACAUCAAGCUGUGGUCCAACGGCACCAUCCGCAUGCCUUUCAUGAACAUCCCCGUGCUGGACAUCCGAAAGUGCCGGCCGGAGAUGUGGAAGGCUGUGGCCUGCGCCCUGCAGAUCAAGCCCUGCUACAGCAAAUCCCGCGGCAGCAUCAUUUGCAGGUCAGACUGCGUGGACAUCCUGACCCAGUGCGGCGACCGGCGCCGUUUCCAAGAAGGGCAGACUCCAGAGCGCAUCUGCGACCUGCUCUCCCCUACCGAUGACCCUGAGCGCUGCAUCCCGCUGGAGAGAUACCUCACAGGACCCAGUUUGCUGGGAGGAGUCAUGGAGGAGGUGAUCCACCCUUGUAACCCAAACCCUUGCCUGAGCAACCAGCUGUGUGAGGUCAACAGGAAGGGCUGUCAGCCGGGCCAGGAUUGCCUGCCGUACCUCUGUGUGCCAGGCUGCAAGCUGUGCGAGGCCUCGGAGUUCCUGGUGCACACGGAGGCGAGGAUCCAGGUGCCGACGCGCGGCGGCCAGCCGGGCUGCCACGAGCUGUGCGUCUGCGGCCAGAGCGGCCGACUGGAGAGCUGUUCCGAGAUGCCCUGCGUGGACACCUCCAAGACCUGCACCGUCGGAGCCCAAAGAAGAAACCAUGGGACCUCCUUCAUGAUGGGCUGCCAGUUGUGUUCCUGCUUCUCCGGAGAUGUGUUGUGUUCCAAACGUCAGUGCCUUACUGCUGACAGCUUGGAGGAGGAGCAUCGGCGCUUCACAGGGCUGCCCUGUGGCUGCGCCGACCAGUUCGUGCCCGUGUGUGCGCAGAAUGGGCGCACCUACCCGAGCGCGUGCGUCGCCCGCUGCAUGGGCCUCCACGACAACCAGUUUGGGUUCGGCUCCUGCCGGGAUCGCGACCCCUGCUCCCGCAAUCCUUGUCCGAAGGGUCAGAGAUGCGUGCCCAACCGGAGAGUGUGUCUCACGAGCUUCGCAGAAUACCCCUGCAAGCAGUACGACUGCUUGAGCAACUCCUUCACCUGCGACAAAUCUCAGCUGGACCCUGUGUGUGACACAGCUGGCGUGGAGCACGCCAACCUCUGUCUGCUCUACCAGAGAGGGAAGACGCCAGCCUACAUGGGGCACUGCCAGGAGGCCUGCGGCACCCCCUGGCCAGUGUGUGGACAGAAUGGGGAAACCUACAACACGGUGUGCGAAGCCUACUCGGACCGCGUUGCCGUCGACUACCACGGACGCUGCCAGGCGGUGGGGGCCGUGUCCGAGUACACCCCCGACUCCGGGUGCAACGCCGUCCACUGCCCGCCGCUCCCUUCCAAGGACUGCAACCCGAUCACUCCCCCCGGUGCCUGCUGUCCCCUGUGUGCAGGAAUGCUUCGGAUACUCUGGAACGCUGGACAGAUGAAUAUUUUUGCAAAGCUGAACCACAACCUGCCCGUGACGAUCCAUGACAUCCUGCGGAUCCUGAGACUACAUGUCUCCGUGCCACAAUGUGACGUCUUCGGCUACCUGAGCAUCGACUCGGAGAUCGUUGUCCUCGUCGUGCCCGUUGACCAGCAGCCCACCCCACUGCAGAUUGAGGCCUGUAGUAAGGAGGCAGAGAAGAUCGACUCCCUGAUCAACUACGGCAGCCCCACGCUCAUGUCCCACGUCCCCGCCUCUGCCUUCCUCGCCUCUGAAGUCAACGUCUCCACCCUCAGCUCAUCGGGGCUUCCUGCCAGGGGCGCUGUGUCUCACCACCUGGUCCUCGGCCUCCUCCUCACGGUGAUCCUCACACUCGGGACUGCCUAGCUGCUCCCACCUGCUGAGGUCGUCAGCGAAAUCCUAACCCUGAUCGAUGAGUCUGAUCAGUCUUUGAUCUGCUCGCGUCAUCGAGACGAGAAGCACUCCCUUCAUUGCCAUGACAAUCAAGAUCAUACCUCCUUGGAUAAACCAUUUUUUAAAAUGUGCAUGGAGAAAAGAGUGGUUAAAAUGUGUCAUCUCACGUCGCAUCAAAGCGACUUAAACUGAACAUUCUGGAUUCAGUUACAACACUUAAAAAAAAUUUUCAACAACGAUAUUGUAGCACUUUGUCAAUGAGACAGACCAGAUAGCCGAACCUCUCUGCGGAGAGGUUGUACUGUCAUGUUAGGUUCCAACACACAUUCAGGUUUUAUAUUGUACAUAAAGAUGGCAAGAGUGGGUAAGAUUAAACUGGAAAGCCUACGAACAGCAUAAAAUAAGCUGAAAUUCAAAAAAGGGAUUCGUUUUCCACUCUGUAGGUGAUAUUGAACCAUUGUUGCUGUUACUAAAAUGAAGAAUUAUAGCCAUUUUAAUUAAAAUGACAAUCUGUGCUUAUCCAUAUUGUAUGUGGGUAAUGAUGAAAAUAUACAAUAUGCCUCAAGUAAACUAUAUACAGAAUAUGUAUGUAAUGUAAUGCAAUAAUUUUAUAAUGUUGAUAAGAAUCUGAAAUGUUUUAUUUUAAGAAAGCAGAAGGAGCUGGGUAUUACAGUGCCAUUCUAAAUGUUAUUACUCGUGCAUGAUGACCAUUAAGUGUUUUAUUUCCAAAUGUAGCCUCUGAGUGUGUGUGCCUUCUUACUCGAUAUGAAGUGUUUCCCAUGUUUCAGUAUUACUGUGCUAAGGCUGCUUUGUAGCAUUAAACCACCACUGAGGGGGUUGUUUAUUUGUCUUAUUUUUUAUUUUUGGUUUAAAAACUUGUCUUUAUUUUCUGUUCCAUAUAUAAUAUGUAAAUGUGAUUGCAUCGCCAGUGUGCAGAUUAUAUCGAAAUGUGAGCACUUAAGCGUCACUUUAUGUCAGCGUGUUGCAUCAUUGCCUCUCGGCCAAAUUCCGAUGUG